AUCUAUCUGUUGUCUAUAUCGUUAGCGGAAUCACGUAGAAUAAUCUCCUGUUUUUUUUUAUUGAAAUUUAUUUCGUUUGAAUCGUGAGUUUUGUUUGUUGAAUUUUUGUGAAUUGAAAAAAAAACGAAUUGAAAAGAAUGUCGACACCAAAUGAAAAUGGUACACCAUCGAAACGGGCUCGGAAUGAGAGUUCUGGUUCGCAAACACCAGGCAGAGAACCAAUAACACCAUCGCGCCGAACACGAUCGGGUUCGCAACAAACGCCAUCGCAACAACAAAUGCGAACACCAAGUCGGAACCCAAUUUUGCAACAAGAAUCUGAAACGCCGAUGCGUAUUGGUGGAAAUGUACGUGGUAGUGUUGAUGGUGGCGCAAGUGUUCGCGUGGCCAAUUCAGAUGUACCAACGUCGCCAAUCAUUCCAUCAACCAGUCCGGGCAACACAAGUGUUCGUAUGGCAGACAUUGAUUUAAGCUCACCGCUGAACUAUGGCACACCAAGUUCAAUGGGCUCAAUUCGUACGCCACGGUCUGGCGUUCGUGGUACGCCAAUUCGUUCUCGGCCGGAUAUUCGCACCGAUCGACGCAUUCGACAGGUUAACCUUGGUUCGGACAAUCUCGAGCCAAUUGCUGAAGGUCGUUCCGAUUCGGCUCCGAUCAGUGAAACGGCUCCACAGCUUGUCAUCUGGGGUACAAAUGUGGUGGUCAGCGAAUGCAAGAAGAAAUUCACUCAAUUUUUGCUUCGUUACAUCGAUAUGGAUGUGGCUCAAGACGAAAUGUCGGAAAAUAUCAAUUUGAGCGAGCCGUUCUAUAUGCAAAAAUUGGAGGAAAUUCAUUCAUUGGAAGAGCCAUACCUGAAUAUCAACUGUAAACACUUGCAAACGUUCGACGAAAUGUUGUAUCGCCAGUUGAUUUGCUAUCCACAAGAAGUGAUUCCAACAUUUGAUAUGGCCGUCAAUGAAAUGUUCUUUGAACGUUAUCCGGCCGCGAUUUUAGAGCAUCAGAUUCAAGUGCGGCCAUUCAAUGCGGACAAAACACGUAAUAUGCGCGCAUUGAAUCCAGAUGAUAUCGAUCAAUUGAUCACAGUCAGCGGUAUGGUCAUUCGUUCGUCGAAUAUUAUUCCCGAAAUGCGCGAAGCAUUCUUCAAGUGUAUCGUUUGUUCGUUCACAACUACGGUUGAAAUUGACCGUGGCCGUAUACAUGAGCCAACCAUUUGCUCGAAUUGUAACACCAACCAUUGCUUCUCCAUGGUACACAAUCGUUCCUAA